GCGUUCAUGGCGCUACGUGUUGGACAAGUCCUUUAUGGAGCGAAAGGAAAAUAUGAACUGCUAUGUCCGCUGAAAGGUUCCACUGUCUUCAAAGCCAAAGUGCUGUCCAACCCUUCCAUCCAAGCAGAAUGGGCUAUGAUCAAAACCGCAGCUACCGACGAUGAGAAGAUGUGCUUGAAGCGCGAAUACCGCAAUUACAAAAUUGACGACAUUGCUUCGAGCCCAUACAUCCGAGCUAUGUGCGAUACUGUACGAUUCAAUGAACAUCAAGACGACCCAUCGUGCUUGGUAUUUGAAUGGAUGGAUCAUGACUUGCGAUCGAUAACCGCGCCCGAAUUUCGAGGAAAUGCAAGGUUACCCAAAGUCGUGUCCAAAGCGGUCCUAUCGGCUCUCAACGUUUUGAAAACACUCAAUGCUGUCCAUACAGAUGUCAAUCCGAACAACAUUUACAUCUCCUACGUUGAUGGGACUUCUCCAGUCGCUAAGCUAGGAGAUUUAGGAAACACGAUCAAAGAUGGCUCCGCAACCCAGCGUCUUCAAAGCCUACCUUGCAGAGCACCAGAAGUCUGGCGAGGCUUACCGUGUCAACAUUCCUCAGAUGUAUGGUCCUUCGGUGCUACGUUAACAGCUCAAUUAUCACCGCUAACCCUCUUUGGUCCCGGUGACAAGAUCAUUAAAGGGCAAACUGAAGCAUGGUGCAUUGCGAAAAUUAUCCGUCUCGUUGGCUCGCUAGGUCAACCUAUUGAUAGCCAGAUUUACAAAGAGGAGUUUGAGCUUGCAGAACAAUUAGCGAUUAUGGAUCAUCCGCUUGGUUCCAUGAAGCUUAUUACCAGAGGCAACUGGCGUGAGGAAUUGCAACAUAUCCCAGAUCCUCCAGUGUCGCCAGACUUGCUAGAUUUCAUUGAAUCUUUACUCGUUAUAGAACAUACUAAGAGACCUACGGCUUCGGAGGCAUUGCUGCACCCCUUUUUGGAAUCCCCUGCUUGAAGAAGACAUCGGCCUUGCGAAUCAUUGUAGCUAACAGAGAUUUCCAAAAGCAUUUGGCG